AUGAAAGAGAGAAUCAAUAAAUAUAAAUAUCCAGUCUCAUCUUUCAUGAUUAUUGUAAAUAACAUACCAAAAUUUGUUUUCCUAUUUUAUAUGCAAAACAAGAUUUUAAUCCUCAAAAAUAACACUAAUUUAAAGAAUUAUGAGUUUUAAUAUAUAUUUUUUUAUAAAUUUUAGAAAUGGGUUGUUGUACUAUUAAACAAGAACAUAAUAAGAAGAAAGAAAAAGUUUUUUGCGAACCUUAUAUUUAAGAAACUUAAAAUCUUCAAUUGCCUUAAGACUAAACUCUUCAAUCAAAAUCACAAGAACAAACUAUGGAAAAAGUAACUUUUGAGAUUCAGAUUGUUUAAAAAAAUAAUUUAAACCAUCUCAUUACCNUACCAGAAAUUGAUUCCCCAGCUCAUAUUUAAUCUUUGGUUUAGAGUAUUAGUGAUUUAAAACAUAUUAUUUUAAAUUGUGGAAGCAUAGUCAAAUAAUAUGGAUAAUUUGAAAUUACUUUAGAUCUAACUUAUGAAUUUGUUAAAUCUGUUUUAUAAGAUUUGGCAGAUAUGUUCGAGAAAGUGUAAUUUGUUCAUUUUGGCUGAGAUGAAACUAUAUAGCUGUUAUAAUUAAAGAACUUCAAUAAAAGAAUUUAUGGAUAAAUUGAAAUUGCUGGUUAUAUUGAACUUUAGACUUAUUCUAGAUAAAAAUUAAAAAGAAUAUGGAAAAAUGAAAUAAAAUCUAAAAAAAGAAUUACUUAUUGGUAUAAUAAGAAUGAUAAAUAACCAGCAGAUGAUAUUGAUAUCAUUCAUUGAUGGGGUUCAAAAAAGACUAUCAAAUAGAUGA